UAUCCUAUUCUCUUGCUUGCUUCUCUCACAAUUUACUGAAAUUAGGGGGAAAAAAAUUAGAAAUUUUAUUUCUCAGAAAAUGCUUGGAUCUAUGAUUCUCCAAUCUCCUUCGACUGUUCUCUUCGAUUCCAAUUGCAUCGAUCCCUCUCGAUCGAGAUCGCCGAGAUCGAGAGGUGUUGUUUGCAACGCGCAGAGGAGCAGCGCUUCGAUCCCAAAGCUCGAGUCUUUCAGUCGAAGCAGGAUCGAUCGAAGGAUCCAGGAGCCUGAAUUCUUGCAGAAAUGCGAAAACGAUCUUACAGAAUACUGCUCUACGCUCGAAGGUGAUGAUUCAUACAGCUGCUGGAGGGCCUACUUUGAGCUGAAAGAUCUCGAGAAAGAAAUGCCAAAAGAAGACGUUGAGAAAUUUGUUAGACAAACUGGUGGGCGAAAAUCUCUCAUCGAGUGCCUUCACGGGCUCACAGCUAUGGAGAAGAAAACCAAAAAUCUACAGGAACAAAUGCCAGUAAAGAUGAAGGAAGAAAUACACAGGCCUUUUCCUGUACCCGAUGGAUUGCCGAAAACUCUAGACGAGAUUGAAGAAGAAGAGAGAGCUAAACUGCCAGAUUCUCCGUUCACCAGAUUGCUUAGAAGCAUGGGGAAGCAGCCUGCUUGGUAUUCUGAAGCUCCAGAUCAUGAGACUGAUUGACGCGUUAUGUUGUUUGAAUUAUUGUAAAUAUAGGAUGUACAUAGUUUGGUUGGUGUGGUAGUGGUGAUUUUAGGUUAAGAGAGUGUAGGCAUGUUUCCGAGCCUCGAGCAGGUUGGAGAACGGAGUUCUAGUGAUACUACUUUCCUGCAUAUGCCUGUUGCUGUAUUGCUAUUUCAGCUUAAUAAUGAAGGAAAAGUUGAAGUGAAUGAAAAGAUCAA